GCGUGUUCCGAUGAGGAGAAAUGGCUAUCCAACACAAUUAUUCGCUAAUAUAGUCUAUUUUUCCACUUAGAAGUUUAUUUUAUGCACCAAAUUUCCUGAUAAAUGAAUACAAUUAAUGGUUAAAAAAAUGCACUUUAGAAUCGAUAUUUUUAUGCGAGGAUCGAUCCUUUCGAUACAACAUCAGUAUGGAAAGUAUCAAUCGAACCGCCCACUUCCUGCUCUCAAGUGGCCAAGACAGCAAGUGUGGGUAUUUGGCCAAGUCAAGUAACCGCAGGUUCUCGAAGAUGAUAGUAAGAUGCUGGGUCGUUUAUUUACUUCUACACCUGACAUGCAAAGUGUCUCUGCAGAACUCUGCAAAUAAUUUUGAUCGUGUUGUUGGAGACUCCGUCACCUUGCCAUGUAUAUAUGAGAAUCAACAGCCAAGUACUGAUGUAUUUUGGCGACUCAAUGUAAGCAAGAGAGUGUUAAAUAUUAUAGAUGGCAAACCCUCAACAGAAAAGCAGGAUGAAAUGUUCAAGAAUCGAACAGAAAGUUUCCCUUCAGAGUAUGCAAAGGGAAACUACUCAAUUGAGCUGAAAGAUCUGAAGUUGACUCAUGCAGGAAACUACACUUGUUUUUUACAAAAGUCAAAUGAGGAAAAGAAGAUGCAGCUUUUUGUCAAAGAAAAGCCUCAGAAACCAACUCAAAAGCAAAGAAACUCAUGCUUAGAAACAGAGUCACUGAAGAUUAUGACUUUACUAACUGCUCUACUGGGACUUACUAUGCACCUUAUCUGAGUUUUCCAUCCAGUGCCUGUUACAUUUGGUAGUAUUUAGUGACCGUGACUAGCUGGGUUUGCUGUUGACACUUGAUGCUGCAGGUUUUAUUCUAAAUCUCAAUCAGUUAUUUUAUUGCUUGUUUGGACGUUAUAUUUUUCAUACCCAUUAUGUUUGAACCACUGGAUCGCACACAUGCUGUGUGUAUGCUAUCAGUCUGGACUGUGCUGUUGACUUGGGUUCCGUUCAUAUAUCUGUAGUAUUAGGGGCCAAGCACCGCAGCUAUUGUAUUCGUUAGUAUUCUUAUUAUUCUGAACCUUAAUAGAGAUGGCUCUCUGUCUAAUACCAAUACCACAGCUUUGAGUAUCUAGCUACCAAUACUUUUGAUGUUGUUGAUACAUUUCACAGUAGUCAUCUACUCAUGUUCCCUGAGACAUGUUGAGUACCACAAGAUUAAAAAUGUGGUGCAUAUUAAUCCAAAUGGCUAUAACUCUUAAACAAAAUUAGCUAUUUUUACCAACCUUGAAACAUCGAAUCCUCACCAUGCCUGUCAUAUCAGUUUCUUCGUGUCAAUUUUUAUUCUUUUUUUCCUCAUUUCAAUGGUCAUAUAAACAAAAUUACAGCUACACUAUAUAACUUUUUUGGGGGUUAAAAAAAUAGAUUUAAAACCGGUUAUGCAGUGUUUUGUUUACAUUUGAUUAAUUUCUGUAGUAUUUCGUACCUGAACGCUAUUAACUUCCUAAUAUC